UCUGUUUCUUCUUAGCAGCCGGUGAGAGGUUGGUGCAAUGGGAAAUUACUAUGAUGCAUGAAAAACUGGGAAUAGUGCGGGGUCAGUGCAGGAACGGCAGAAUUCAUAUGGGGGCUCCCUGCAGACAUGGCUUCUUUAUUCCUAUGGGGACUUUGCAGUGAAUUAGCCAGCAAGUUUCAUUGAGUAUGGGGUCCAAGAAGAUCAAAGGGAGUCGUCUUCAAAGACCCCUCUUGAGAACUUUCUGUCUCAUGCGAAGUCACAUGAGAUUUUAACCAUUCGACUGUAGACACUGGAGAGAGAAGGUACUUGAAGAUGACGCCCUGCAGAUUGCAGUGGCACCUCGUCCUGCUAAACUUCAUGACGUGUGGUCUCGAAAUUUGUGUGGCAGCUGGGAUAACGUACGUCCCCCCAUUACUGUUGGAGGCUGGAGUGGAAGAGCGGUACAUGACCAUGGUUUUGGGUAUUGGACCCGUCCUUGGACUAAUCUUUGUACCAUUGAUUGGAUCAGCUAGUGACAAUUGCCAAAGUAACUAUGGUGGGAGGCGACCAUUCAUCUGGCUACUAUCUCUUGGUGUCCUUCUGUCACUCUUCAUCAUUCCUCAUGCAGACUCUUUGGCUUCCUACUUCUCCUACGGUGGGAACCGUGUCCACAUUUUCUUCCUGAUUUUUGGAGUGGGGCUACUAGACUGUUGUGUACAGGUCUGCUUCACCCCAUUGGAAGCUCUCCUCUCUGACCUCUAUCAUGACGACGAAAGCUGUGGUCAAGCCUUCGCCAUGUUCUCGCUGAUGAUCAGCGUUGGUGGUUGUAUUGGUUAUCUACUGACCUCCGUCAACUGGAAUUAUACGUACGUGUCACUUUACCUCGGUGGACAAGAUGAGUGCCUGUUUUUAUUAUUGACCGUUAUAUUUGUAAUAAGUGUCCUUGUAACAAUGAAGACGGCAGAAGAACAUGGCCAUGGCCAACAAGCUCUGGACCGCAAACCUUCUGUGACCUCUAUGUCCUUCACCAGGGGAUGUUGUAUACCAAAAUGGAAGCUACGUUCUUGGAAAUGUAACCCGAUUUUUUGCUUGUUGAGCCUUUGCUGGUCUAUUACCCCCAGGAUUUAUCACAGUUACUGCCGCAUCCCCAAAGUUAUGAAACAGCUGUGUGCUGCUCAGUUAUGUAGCUGGAUGGCUGUUAUGUCUUUUAUGCUGUUCUAUACAGAUUUUGUAGGUGAAGGACUAUACAAAGGUAUUCCAAGUGCAGCGCCUGGAACUGAGUCAAGAAUUCGCUACGAUGAAGGAAUCCGCAUGGGGAGCCUUGGCCUCUUUCUCCAAUGUGCGACAUCCACCUUCUUCUCCAUGAUCAUCAACAAACUGGCCAAGCAGUAUGGGUCUCGGAAAGUGUACUUGUCCAGUUUGAUCACCUUCACCUCUUCUGCCCUAGUGAUAUGUCUGUCCCAGAAUAUCGUCAUAGUCACCAUCAUGUCCUCCUUAACCGGAUUUGCCUAUGCUACCCUACAGACACUCCCGUACACCUUAAUAUGUCUCUAUCACAAGGAGAAAGAAGUAUUCAUGCCAAGGCCCGUGUUGCCGAACAUCCGGACUGAGAAGAUUCUCACCAAAGAAGCCGUGUACUUUUCACCCAAUAUACCAACCAGCCACCAAAAUGGAAAUUGUAAGCACAAAGGACACAACGAGGAAGAAAGUAUAUAUAUUACUCAAGAACCGGAUACCUCCCCUCCACCCGACGACCACCACUACUACCCCACAGACAACAAUAACCAGACGGCCCACAGGGACGAUAAAUCUCUUAAAGACGUUUACGCGAAGAGAGGGAUCGGCCUUGACUUUGCGACCCUUGAUAGCGCGUUUCUCCUUUCUCAGGUCUUUCCGUCCCUUUUCAUGGGGAUCUUUGUCCAAAUGAUGGAGAACGUGACGGUCUACAUUGCUUCGUCGGUUGUCUUUGGAGUAUUUGCCAUAUAUUUAGCCAACCGUGUUGUUUUUGACCAAAAAGACUUGCGAACAUAAAAAAAUAUGUCAAAUAUCGCCAGUGGGAAAGGAGACAACGAAAACCUUGUUUACAGUGUUCACGUUUACAGCCAUAGGUGUAUCUUUGUAUGUUUUCUCCAAUUUCUUGCCCUCCUCUCUCAUUUUCUUCUUUUCCUACCUUGUUCAAUAUCCUUUUCAUUUAGUUUGGGUUCACACUAUGGGAUUUACGAGCAGAAUUCCGCUUUGAAAUUCUACUGUAAAUGGGAUUCCGCUGCACAGCGCAUACCACUGAAUUUCUGGGCUGGACUUCUCAUCACUGAAAUUUAUCCGCUAAAAGAAUGAAUUCAUACUGCACAGACUACAUUGCCAUCUGAUAAAAUCGGCAAUGUCCGCACGGUCCCAGCACCGACACAGACAAGUCAGCUCUGGACAGAAUAUUCCGGAAUGUGAACCCAGCCUCAAGCCUUAUUCUUUUUUUUUUUUUCAUUUUCCCCUCUUUUCUUCCCUUCUUUUUCUCCUUUCCCUUUCACAUCCCUAUUUUUUAUUAUUACUUUUCUCUUGUCCCAACUUUUUUCUUUUUCCCAUUAUUUUUUUUGCCUUUUUCUUCUAGUCCCCCCCCCCCCCUCAUUUUCCUGUUUUCCAUUCCAAACACACGAAGAUGAUUAAAGGGAAUAUAAUCUUUUUAUGAAUGCCGUAAAACAUUUGAAAUGCUGAAACAACAUAACUGACCUACCUUAUUCUUAUUAGCAAAGAGAAUAAUUCCCUAAGAAUUGACCAGUUCAGAAAGUUAUAAGCUAUUGGGUAUAUGAGCUGAAAUAUUUAAGACUAGAACCAACUAAGGAUUCAGAGGAACUUCUUUUUGGACCAAGUGACAUCCCGUGAGACCUACAGAAUAACAUUUCUUUAAAAAAAAAAAUCUUUAUCUAGAUUUGGUUUUAGAAUUGUCAGAUCUUUGUACCCAAACUUUUUAACUCUCCUAAUUCCAGAAUUAAUUAAAUUAAUUCUGAAUUAUAAAAAUAUACAUAUUUAUAAAAUAUUUUUUAUAUUACAGAAUUAAUUUAAUUCCUGUUUUGUGUAAUGUUCCAGUUCAUGUCCUAAAAAAAAAAAUGCACCCCAGGAUUUAGCUUGUCUCAAAUUCCUUUUAAUUUCUCCACUCUUAGAGGAUUCUUGCUGCAGCAGGAACCUCCCCCCACUGCUAUAUAUGUAAAGGAGACCAGACCAAUUUGUUUUACUAAGCAUUAAAUGCGUCCCCAUGCGCACUCCGGUGCUGGGGUGUUCAUGAACACGGAAGCCUAGGACGUCACGCCACGCCCCUUCCAUUCAUGUCUAUGGGAGGGGACAUGACGGCUAGUACACAGCCAUCAUGCCUUCUCCCAUAGACAUGAAUGGAGGGGAUGUGGCUGUGGUCGCCAGUCUUCCGGCCCAGAGCGGAGUUCACUCCGUGCACCAGGUGACUGGGGUGCCGCGGCAGAGAUCGUGGGGGUCCCCACUGGCCGGAUCCCCGCAAUCAGACAUGAUAUCCCCUAUCCUUUGUCUAGUGGUGGAGUACCCCUUUAAAGUCUCAUAAUUUCUAGUAUUUCUCCCAAAAUACUGCACACUUCUUCUCUGCUUUAUCACUUUAAAACAAAGCACAAUCUCUGAAAUUCAGAUUUAACUGCAGGAAUGUAAAAAAAAAUAAAAAAUAAAUACAAUCGACAGGCCGAAAUCCCACACGGAAAUUUUUUAAAAUAUUGUAAUCGAAAAAGAAAAAUGUUAUAUAGGCGAAUAAUUUAUUUUUUUCUGAUUUAUUUUAAGUAUUUACUAAAUGUACUGUAUAACGACUUGUAAAGAAUAUUAACUACUGUUACUGAAUCAGCCUUUUUAGAUCUUUUACUACAAUGUAAAUUGAGAAAAAAGCUGCUAGCUUUAUAUGUUUUUUACUUUACUAUGGGAAUUUUUGUAUUUGUUUUUUGCAUAUGAUGAUACUUUCAUAGUGAAAAAGUUACUGGUAUGUAGAUAAACUUAAUAUAUGGAUAAGGUCUGUUCCUAGGUAAAUUAAGGGUCUUGAAGCGGUUCUUUUUUUAUUACAGCUUCCGACUUCAAUUUUGGCUCACCUUGGAUUAGUCCAAUGCAUAUUCGUCCACACCUGCAUAGGGGAAAUCUAAAAGUCCCCUGUAGGUACUUGCAUAGGGCUAGUCCUACAUUAGUUUAAUAUGGUAUGUGGUUGGAUGUCAAUGUAUUGAAGAACCUCUUUUAGGCUGGCCUAAAGUCUCCAGAGGUACUAGUUCAUCUUACACCUUACAUUGAAAAGGACACCAUUUUUGAAAACAACUUUCAUUGACAGACCCAAGAUCUGUGAUUCAGCCUAAACUGGCUAUACACAUAAGACGUGCCAACUUAAAGGGGUACUCCACUGCUCAGCGUUUGGAACAAACU